CAAGUUUGCAUGGAUUUGGAGGUUAAAGGAGUUGCUGCAUCCCCUCGAAGGCAGACUCAGCCCUCCUCGAGGGGGAAGAGAUGUAGUCAAGGAUGGAGACCAGAUACACGGGCUACUCGUGGUCCUCGUCCACCGGAGGUGCCAUGCCUAGAUCUAGGGAAGCUGGGAGAUUCUGAUGAAGAGGAUGGGGACUCUUGCAUACCAUAUAGCAGAAGUUAUCCUCAUACUUGCCCUCUAGAUUCAUCUUCAAGGUGGAGAACUUCAUUACAAUCACCAUAUGCGCACUGUCAACAUGCUCAACAAAUUUUCAAGCAGUCUUGAAAUACUUUAAUGUAUUCCUCUGAGCGGCCUUUAUUUCUGCAUUGCUUGCUUCUUGGGUCCUGACUGAGCAUUCCUUUAGCAAGAUAUAUUCCAGCUUCCUCCAUAACAGACUGUCAUUCUUCUUUGGAGCAAAAGACAAUACCAGAAAAUCUGCCCUCCCCAGCAGACAAGUAUAAAGUAAAGUAUCAGCAGUAUGAGGCAG